AUGCCUUCGACCCAGACUCGCACCAAGCUCAAAGCCUUCGCCUUCGCCGAGGGCACGCCUACUGCGGAUUCUCUGCUCAAACGACGCGACGCUGAGAAGGAGAACCGACCCGCCCCGCUAGCAAAGACGCCGAAGCCUAUGGGUACACCAAAGGCGAACAGAGUUGUGAAAGAUGUAGCUGCCCCGAACAAAACUCCCAAACUCCCCACCGUCUCAGAUUGUCCGCCACCGUCAACACCUGCCACAAUGAGGCUGCCGCUUGCCGACUUGGUAGGGAAUGUCGACGAUUCCUCGAGACACGUGCCCCAACCUGUUGCCUCACCCGAAGAGCAAUUGAUAUGGAGAGGAUCACAAGCAAUAAAUACACCGUUCCCCCGCAAGAACAAGAAGCGCGCCAGGAGUUCGUCACCCGUUGCACCAUCGCAAGAGGAAUACAGGCUGGACGCGACCAGACAGGACAUCACAACCCCUCAGGCUGACCCUGCUAUGGAGCUAUGGUCGCGAUACACCAACAAUAAAGGAACUCCAAGCGCCAACAAGAGUGUGGCAUUCGCGCACCUUAUCAACGAGUCAUCCCCAAGAUCGCAAGCUGCUGCUGGAAGCAUCAGUGGACUGCGGAGGUGGGCAAGCUGUGGCGUCGAGUUCCCAGCGUCGCAUCGGAAAAGAAGAAGAACGCACGGCGUGUUUCAACCGGAUAAAGAGAGUACAGAAGACGUCUUCGCCGGUGCUUCCAGUUCAGACGGCAUGAUGCUCGCGCAACCAACGAAACCAAAUCUUGCGAGUAUGGUGCAGCGCAUGCGAGAGUGCGUCUCCAAAUCACAAACGCGCGUCUCGUCGUCAAUGCCAGCAAGUUCUUCACCAUUGCUUGGGGCUGGGGAUCGUCAAGACCCGUCGUCGGGCUCCCCUCUCCAGCGGCGCGCACGAGAACGGCAUGCGGAUAGUUCUGAGACACUACAACACGAUGCAGCACUUCUACGCGACACACUGGAUAUCGAUGAUGACCCCGUACAAGCAAAGGAACAAGUCGAUGUGGUACAGAAGCCACAGGCAUCCCAAGAAUCAUCCGACGAUUUUGGAGACGACUUCGAUGCGGACAUGGUAGAUUCCCUGAACAUAACGCCUCAACCUACACCUGCCAAUCCGCUUCCACAGAAACACCCUGCGCCUACUCCAACUUUACAACAAGGCAGUGAUGAUGACGAGUUCGGAAUGGACGAUGAGGACGAAUUCGCGGCCGAUCUAGAACAGGUAGCAUCGCUGUACGACACAAGGUCUGUGGAAACUCAAAGGGGAGAUCAGGCACCCACAGGACAAUCGAGACAACCUCGAGCUACUGCAAGUGAGACGCCAGCACCUAUCAUCAGCCUCUUGGAUGACGAUGACGAUGAUGAGGAUGAAUUUGGGGAAGACAUAGACGCCGACGAGUUCGCUGCCGCUGAGGUUGCAGCCACACAAGUACCUGCCAAUACUAGUCAACAGGACAAUAGAGCCAUCCAACGCUAUCUCAUCAAACGAGUGGAUGAAAACUCGUAUACCACUGACCGUGGCUAUUCGAUGCCUGAAAAGGCAAUCGAAGAAGAGAAGACGAAACUGUUCAAAGCGAUCACUCUACGACAGGCUUGGUUCGACACUCCCUGUACGACAGGCUCGUUUGUGCAUGUCAUUGGUGAUUUUACCAGUACCGGACAAUGCAUCAUCGACGAUCACCAUAAUAUGCUCAUACUGCACCCGGAUCAUCUCAUCUCGUCUACUGUUGUCGCAGACUCUUUUGGUUGUUUAAGGCGAGCGGUGCUUCAGGAUCGUGUCAAAGCCACCAGCAGGGCCAACGCUCCCAUGCUUCACGGGACAUUACUGCACGAACUAUUCCAGGAGGCCAUGAAAGUGAACCAAUGGGACUCCGUGUUUCUAUUCGAGACUAUCGAAAAGCUCAUGCCGAGCCACCUGGAAACCAUACUAGAGAUCAACUCGACCUGCGAAGCUGUCAAAGAACAUCUUAGUAGCAAGCUGCCCGAGUUACAGGCUUGGGCCAAAAUCUUCGUUCGCGCGGACCCUCAAGCGGAUGCUAUCGUUCGAGAACGAAAUGGACGACAGUCGACCAUGAGCAUUAACAAGCUACUUGACGUGGAAGAGCACGUCUGGUCUCCAAUGUAUGGUCUGAAAGGCAAUAUCGAUGCCACUGUACAAGUGACAAUGCGAGAUGACCAAGGCGAACGGACAUUGACGGUGCCAUUCGAGGUCAAAACUGGCAAGAACUCCUCAAAUGCUGCACACAUCGCACAGAUUGCCUUGUAUAACUUGUUGUUGUCUGAUCGAUAUGAUGUUGAUAUUGCUUACGGUAUCCUCUAUUAUCUGGAGACUUCGGAGAUUAGUCGGAUUCCUGCUAUCCGCAAUGACAUCAUCCAUAUGAUCAUUAAGCGCAACGAGCUGGCCUGUUUCGUCCGAGACCGCAUCGAGCUGCCUCCAAUCUUGAAAGAGGACUUCAAGUGUCAGAAGUGCUACGCGCAAGAGCCUUGCUUCUUAUAUCAUAAUCUUGUCGAAGAUGGGAAGGGCGAGAUGUUGAACAAGAAGGCGAAAGAGAAAUAUGACGACCUCGUCAAGCCGCUUCAGCCUUCCCAUCAGGAGUUUAUGAAAAGGUGGGACACUCUGUUAACGAAAGAGGAGACGGAUAUGAUGAAGUUCAGACGAGAGUUGUGGACCAUGUUGAGUACAGAACGUGAAAAGCUGGGUCGCUGCUUCUCAAACGUCAUUCUGGAACCGGGGUCCGGACAUGAGGACAAGACUGGCCAAAAGAUUAACCGCUACAACUACACGUUCAUAAAAAAACAGCCAACUCCUGGCUUCUCCUUCACUGAAUCUCAGCUCACCAUCGGAGAGCCUGUUGUAGUGUCGGAUGAGCAAGGUCAUUUCGCGUUGGCCAAUGGCUAUGUAACGAACGUUAAAAAACGUCGCAUCACAGUGGCUGUUGAUAGACGCCUGCACAAUUCCCGAACCAAGUUGCCGGGAUUCCAUUCACAAAACAAUCAAACAUUUGCCGGUAUCAUGGAAGUGGCCAAGGUGGGCGAGACAAUCUCUGAAUACGAAGCUGAUGAGGAGCCGGUAUUGUACCGCCUAGACAAAGAUGAGUUCAGCAACGGCAUGGCUGCAGCUCGCAACAAUUUGAUCCAGAUCAUGGACAACAGCGUCUACAAGGCUCAUGACCUCCGUGCGCUGAUCGUGGAUGGGCGGGCUCCUGCAUUCAGGCCUAUGACCGAUGCGAUCUCACUGCCCCAAUCGUCACAGAUGUCUAUGAACUCUGAUCAGCGUGCUGCAGUCGCAAAAGUCAUGUCCGCAAAAGAUUACGCUCUUGUGUUGGGUAUGCCAGGGACUGGCAAAACCACUACCAUCGCGCACAUCAUUCGUACAUUGGUUGCGAAGGGCAAGAGCGUUCUGCUUACUUCGUAUACCCACACUGCCGUCGACAAUAUCCUCCUCAAGAUUCGGGAUGACCGCAUUGGCAUAUUGCGCCUCGGCGCUGCCAAAAAGAUUCAUCCUGAGGUCAGAGAAUUUGCUACUCUUGCUGCUGAAUCAAAAGACAGUCUCGAAGAGCUCGAACGAUCGUGGAUGCAGCCGCCUGUCGUGGCUACAACGUGUCUCACCAUCAAUCACCCCCUGUUCAGCCGCCGCGUCUUCGACUACUGUAUUGUCGAUGAAGCAUCUCAAAUUACCCUCCCUGUUUGUUUGGGACCUAUCCGCAUGGCUCAGAAGUUCAUCUUAGUAGGCGACCACUACCAGCUGCCUCCGCUGGUGCAGAACAAAGAAGCCAUGGAUGGCGGACUGGAUGUUUCAUUGUUCAAGCUCCUUUGUGAGGCUCAUCCACAGGCCGUCGUCAGUUUGGAGCAUCAAUACCGGAUGUGUGCCGACGUUAUGUUGUUGUCAAACAUGUUCAUCUACUCAGGACGGCUUAAAUGUGGCACGACCACUGUCGCUUCACGCAAGCUGACACUUCCCAAACCCGAAGGUCUCAAUGCCUACCACCACAAGCCAUAUCAAUCGCGAUACAAUGCGGCACAGGCAUGCCCUGGUCCUGAUGCUGCAGACUGUUGGCUUUCUCGUUCGUUGUCACCAAAUCGCCCAGUCAUCUUUAUCAACACUGAUCUCAUUUCUUCGACUCUCGAAACGCAAUCUGGAUCACGCAUCACUAAUACUCUUGAAGCGCGGUUAGUCACGCAGCUUACAGUGUCUCUUCUCAGCCUUGGUGUCCCUGCUGGGGAGAUUGGCAUAAUUGCUUUCUAUCGUUCACAGCUCGCCUUGCUUCGACAAAGCCUGUCAUCCGCAUACACCCAAACGCAGUCGUCCGAACUUGCUGCUCCCGCCAUAAACGGACAAGGGUGCUCAGGAGUCGAGCUACAUACUGCAGACAAGUUUCAGGGCCGCGAUAAGGAAGUCGUCGUCGUAUCUAGCGUACGAAGCAACGAGAAUGGCACAGUUGGUGAUCUCUUGAAGGACCGCAGACGUGUCAACGUCGCUUUGACCCGCGCGAGAUCGAAACUUAUCAUUCUCGGUAGCGAAAAAACGUUAUCGAGCAAUGAACUGUUGCGCGAUAUGGUUGCCCUCUGCCGAGAGAAAGACUGGGUAGUCGAUCUCCAGCCCAGCAUGGUGGAGUCGCAUGCCUUUGAAGAAAGUGUUACACAAACGGGCAAAACACCAGUGAAGCAGCCAUGCUCUUCUUCGCUUUCUAACGACGUCACGAAGAGUCCUAGUCUAACACCUAGUCCGUCCAAGAAACGCAAGGUACUGGGCGAUCUUACAGCAAAACCGGAAAAGGUCAACGCCAGAAGUCCUAAGAGAAGCAACGAUAACAAGAGUCCAAGUGGUAGUCCCGAGGUAAAGAGAGUGCCAGGGAAGGUUUUCACAGCAGGCAAACGGGGCAUAUUGGAUCGCAGACCAAUUCUGAGGGACAUUUACAAUGGUGCUAUUUGA